UUUGAAGAACUACUCCAUGAGACCUUAAAAAAGGAGGCUUUGGCACCUGCCAUCAGAAAGGAUUUCUACCAAAGAAGUGUACACCUAAAGAGUUUGGUGGAUAAAAACAGAGAGGCACUUCAGAAUUUAAAAAAGACUGAUGAACCUGCUCCUGUUGGAAAUUAUGAACAAAGGAAAGAAGAUGAAGAUCUUAGAUUGGCACAGCUGUCACAACAGUUGCAAAAUCUUGGAAAGACUUUAUCUGAGGGUGAUGGAGAUAUAAAAGAAGCUAGUGAGGAUGAGGUAGAAACUGAAGAUGAGGAAGAAGAUGAGGGAGAAGAUCAGGAUGAUGACCACGAAGAAGAUGAAGAAGAAGAGGGGGAUGAGGAGGAAGAAGAGUUGGACCUCACUGCUAAAGAGUUCAUCACCCUAGGAGAUUUCAAAGCCCAGCAGAAAGAUGAUCUGACUUUUAAAAAAGGAGAAGUAUUGCAGAUUCUAGAUAAGAAGCCUGAUGGUUGGUGGGUGGCUCAGAACUCAAAGGGAUUCAAGGGUCUUGUACCAAAGACCUACUUGCAGGUAUAUAGUGGAGACAAUCACAGCCCUGAUCCUAAUGAAGAGGAAAGUGAAGAAGAGGAGGAGGAAGAAGCAGCUGAAGCAUCCGCUGAUAGGAAAAAUAGACCUGAAACUGAUACAGUUUCACAGCUGAGUGCCUCCAAGAGGACACAAGAGAUGAGUGCUACUGAUGCCCUGACCACUAUGGGUACAAUCCCUGCUGGCUUCCGUUCAUCAACCUUAGCCCAGCUCUUAGAACAAGGUGAUCAGUACAGGUCAAGCAGGUAUCUCCAGCCUGAGCUUACUGCUUCCCAGCUCGCUUUUAAGGAUCUGUUGUGGGACUUGGAAAGAGGAGGUAUCCAGCCUCUCCCUACCAGGGUCUCUUUGGUUUUGACAUUAUGGAGUUGUAAGAUGAUACCUCUGCCUGGAGCAAGUAUUCAGAUUCUAAGCAGACAUGUGCGGCUCUGCUUGUUUGAUGGUACUAAGGUCCUGAGUAACAUUCAUACAGUAAGAGCUACAUGGCUACCCAAAAACUCUAAAACUUGGACAUUUUCUCCUAGGGUUACAGGCAUUCUUCCCAGCAUGUUGGAUGGUGACUGUUUCGUGAGGUCUGCCAGCCAGUUUCCAGAAAUAGGGAUUUUGUUUGAAGUAGGAGUUACUUAUAUCCGAAGCUCUACAGGUGAGAGGGGAGAGUUGAGCUGUGGCUGGACUUUCUUAAAACUCUUUGAUGUCAGUGGCAUUCCAAUACCUUCAAAGACUUAUGAAUUGGCAUUAAAUGGCGGUACUCCCUAUGAACAAGGAGUUGAGGUGGAUCCAUCUAUAUCUAGACGAGCAAACAGUGGAGUCUUUAAUCAAAUGAUGACCCAUAGAAGACAACCACGGCUUCUUGUGAAACUUAGAUCAGUCAACAGAAGAAGAAGGGAAAUGUUAAGUCUUCUUCCAGAAACCUUGGUAGGCAGCAUGUGCCAUGUGCCAUUGUUGGUCUUUUAUCGUCAAAUCCUGGGUGAUGUUCUUCUGAAAGAGAGAGUGAACAUGCAGAAUAUAGAUCUAAUUUGCAAUCCACUGCUGGCCACGUUCCCCGGACUAAUGGAGCAGCCUGAUAUCAUGGAUGCUUUGAGGAGUGGAUGGGCUGAGAAGCAGAACUCUUUGAAGAGGGCAGAAAAGGGAGAUCCAGAAUUCUUGAAGAACACAUUCAUCCAAGUAUACCACGACACUGCUUACCCUCUUCUACAAUCAACAUUUCUCCAGGCACCUAGAUGGGCAGAUGAUGAAACAGAAGCUGCACGCUGGAAAGCUAUUGCUGAUUUCCUAAAGCAAAACAGGGAGAAGGAUGGAGCCCUCCAUUACCUGCUGUCACCUGAUUGCCUUCACAAGCCCUUUGAUAUGUCAGAGAUAACCUAUGACUUUCUUGAUGCAUCGAGAACCUCUGUGCUCACUGCUUGA